AGACAGCAAGUUAAUAACUUCUCAUACCUUCCCAUCAAUCCAUCCGCUCUUCAGUUUCUUCAUCUGUUAGUUCUAUCAUUUGCCCCGGCAGUCGCGUCUUUUUCUCAGCAUCCGUGAUCUGGGGCCUGCUUGGCCCGCAGCGGAUGUUCAGUCCUGGCCAAACCUACUCCGCGCUGCUAUGGUUCUUCCCGGUGGGUGUUGCUCUGUCGGUCAUCCUGCACUUUGCCGCAAAACGCUGGCCGAAAUCUCCGCUCAAGUACGCUAUAGCGCCCGUCAUUCUAGGAGGUAGCUCAAGCAUUCCCCCGGCGUCGCCGAUGAAUUACCUGGCAUAGGGUGUUGUUGGCUUCGUGUUCCAAUGGUAUAUUCGGACUAGGCAUCUGAAAUGGUGGUUCCGUCUGAACUACAUUACGGCCGUAGCACUAGGAACUGGACUGGCGUUGAGCACGCUGACAAUCUUCGUAAUCUUUACGCUCAAUCGGAUUAAUGGACUACACUGGUGGGGUAACACUGCGAUCCACACAGCCAAGGAUGUCGCGGAUACUGCCGUUCAAGCCAAAGUCGCACCCGGUGAUACUUUUGACCCGAAGGAAUGG